AUGGGUAUCUUCUACGUACCGUUAAAAAAUAUAAACAGCAAAGUCAAAUCGCAAACGCGAUCCACCUCUCGAGGGGUGAAAGUCCAAACCAGAGCCUUCUCGGACGUGAACUUGGCCAUCUCCGGCGCGAACGCGUUGAUGCUCUCGCUCGGACGAUUCGUCUUCAUGCCGUAUCAAAGAGCUGAAAUCGCGAAAGCGGGUUUGCCGACGCAAAACGGCGAGACGCACUACGCCGCCGGCGACGUGAAAGCAGAAGAGGCUUCGUUUUUGAACACGACGAACGACCCGAGCGGCUUUACGUUGAUUGACGUCAUGGCGUGGGGGUCUCUCGGGCACGCGUUGGGCUUCGCCGCGCUUGCUGUCGGUUCCUUCUCUUUGCUUUAA